CCCACUCACUGCUUGGUUGUCUCACCAUCUUCCUUAGAUUCACUACAAUUUUCUUUGUCUUCAUCUCACCAAAGGCCUCAAAGACUAGACAGGAAUCUUUUGCAAACAGACAGCACAGAUAGAUCUGCAGUGCUGUUCAUUUGACUAAUACAGUCAUCACACACACACACACAAAAAUAGUACAUCAAAGUAUCCACAGUAGGCAUGCAGCAGAUUCUUCAAUGGCUUUUUAGAGGGGAACACGAUCAAGAUAGAAAGAGCAGGACCUUCAAUAUUCCACCCAAAAGGGAAGAUAUCAAUGAAAAAAAUGCUAAAGGGAAAGAGAUAAGUCUACUAAAGCGUGAUAGAUCAUAUAAAAGAACAAAGAAAAUCGAAUGGAACAAGCAUGGCAGCAAGAAUUUAAAGAUAUUCGCUUUCAUAUAUAGAAAAGACAUUCCAAAUUCUUGGUUUUAUAGCACCCUCAACUUAAAGAGACUUGGAAGCCUUAAUAGAAGGCAUUUUGUGCACUCUACAAAGAUGAAGAGAGAAGAAUCAUCCAGAGAAGUUGGAAUUGUUAACAAGGCAGAUUCAGCUGCUCAUGUAGGAAACAAGGUUUUGCCCAUAACUGAGGUACCAUUGUCAUCCUCAGCUGAAAGAAGUGUCCAAUGUGAUACCAUAGAAACUAAGGAUCAAAUUAAAGGGGAUAAAAAAAAGCCUAUGUCGAGAAUGAAAGAGCUACUUAGAUGGGCUGCUUCUGCAAAAACAGACAAAGUAGGAAAAUUCAAUGGAAGAAAGAUUUUAAUGUUCCGAAGACGUGGAACCCUGAAAGCAGUACCAGAUGAUGAUCAAGUUUGCAGUGAUUCACCCAAGAUCAGUUUCAGAUGGGAUGUGGAAAGCUGCUCCACCACUUCCUCUUCCUAUUCAGCUAUCUCAAUAGCUUCCUCAUCAAGACAAAACCAAAUUGCAGGAACUGGCCACAUCACUUGUAGAAAAGGAAACUGGAUCACAACAGACUCUGAAUUUGUGGUGCUGGAACUAUGAAAGAAUGUGUCUACAGCAGAUAUUCCAAGUGUGGUGAAGUGUUAGCAGGAAAUCUACAUCAUAAGUUAAUGCUCUAAAUAUGUGUCUUGUUAAUGGCUAAUUUCUAUAAGAUAUUUCUUAGAGAUUUAAUUUGAUGUAACUUAAUUGAAAAAUAGAAAGAGCAAGAAGCAAGAGAAAUAGAUAUGUAAUAUCAGUAAUUAAUGAUAUAAAUGUAUUAGAUGGUGAUCAAGCUGAUCCUACCAUGUUCAUGACAUGAGAAUGUUUGGCAUUUACAUUAUUAGGGGAAUAUAUUAAGUAUUU